UCUCCAGUUGCGCCUUUUUUCAUUAAAGCCCAUGCUUUAUUUGUGCUUUGCGCUUAAAGCCUCAAUGGACCUUAGAGCUUUUUUGCGCUUUUCGCCUUUGAUAACAUUGGGAACAAUUGUCUUUUGGUAGGAAGGAAAAGGCUUUCCUCAACAUAUUAUUUGUGGUAAAUGUUACCGCUAGAAAAAAAGGUUUGCGGUAAAUGUUUUCUCAGAAAAUGUUUUCAAAUGGAAAUUAUUUAUAUAAGGUUGAUAAUAGUGUCAUCAAUUAUGGAUAGUGUUUUGCAUUGAAAAUUUGAUGCAGUCUUGUGUUAACGAUUGAUAAUAAUGUCUUAGUAUUGGUUGGAUGAGUAACAUAAAGAGAUGAUAUAUUUAUAAAAGGAACAUGUUUUUCCCCAUAGUGAAGGAAAUCAUUUUCUUCUUUUUAGAUGAUGACGUUAAACAAGAGCAGAUAUUACGUUCUGUUUGUGCCAAAUUAGACUGAUAUAAAUUCUGGCAACAGAUUUGUUUGAGGAAGAAUGGUAUGUCAGGGAUGAUGUUAGUUCUCUCGUGGGGAGAUUCGUUUUUAGCUGUUAUGUGAAUUCUAAGCAGUUUUGUUUGUAAUUUACCACUUUGGAACUGGAUAUGCUAGUUCAUGUUAUUGUGAUCCUUAAAUAUAAAAUACAAGUAACAUUAAUUGAGGGAGCUUCUUAGUAUAGUUAUCCGUUUGUGUGGUGCACUGCUGAUUCUGGUGUCUACUUGGAGAUUCUGAUUAGUGAGAUGGUUGAAAACUUCAUCUUCUGAAUUUAUUUACUGGGUUACGAUUAAAAAAGGGCGUCUGAUUUGUAUAUUUGGAUUUGUUUAAUCAACAAAUGAUUUUGUUAUUUUUAUUAUAGGUACGGGCUUAUAAGUUACCCAGAAUUGAUCGUUUAGCUUUGUUAUUUUCUGGACAUAAGUUGGAAGGUUGCAUCACGACUAAGGAGCUUGGGACUGUGAUGAGGUCGCUCGGACAGAACCCCACCGAAGCAGAGCUCCAAGACAUGAUAAACGAGGUGGAUGCAGAUGGUAACGGAACCAUUGACUUCCCUGAGUUUCUAAACCUCAUGGCCAGGAAAAUGAAGGAUACUGACUCCGAGGAGGAACUGAAAGAGGCGUUCAGAGUGUUCGACAAGGAUCAGAAUGGCUUCAUCUCCGCUGCUGAGCUUCGUCAUGUGAUGACUAACCUUGGGGAGAAGCUUACUGAUGAAGAAGUUGAUGAGAUGAUUAGGGAAGCAGAUGUCGAUGGUGAUGGUCAAAUUAACUAUGAGGAGUUUGUUAAGGUCAUGAUGGCCAAGUAAUUUCACCAUCUCUUAUUGAAGUUGAAGUUUAGACUUGUUAAAAAUGUGAAAAAUAUUUCAUUGGAUAGGAUUUGCCUAGUGUAAUGUGUUUCGUUGUACCAUCUGGAUGUAUUGGACCUGGAAUGAAUGUACGCUUUAUUGUAAGAGUGGUGGAGUAUCUUUCUUCUUCUUCUCUAUAUUCUUUUUUGUACUCCUCUUAAUUGAUGAGUGCAUUUCCAUUAUCAGCAUUCCUGUGCUGUUGUUUCCAAGAAUUAAAUGCUAAAUCUUCUUUGAGGUU